AUGUUAAAUAGUAACAACAAUCAUACAUCUUCAACAAUGAUAUCCAAUAAUCAAGAAAAAAGCAAGGACAAAAAUCAUGAACUAUAUGUGUUGUCAGAAGAUGACAACAAGAAAGAUUUGACGCUUGAAGAAAUGUAUCGGAAACAUUUGAGAGCCAAAGAUCAUGAUAUAACCAUUGAAGAGUUACUUGAGUCUGAUGAACAAACAUUAAGAGAUGGAGGAAUUUAUUUAUUUGGCUAUGGUAGUUUAAUUUGGAAAGCCGAUUUUCAAUUUUCACAAAAAUACAGAGGAUAUAUUCAAGGAUAUAAACGAAGAUUUUGGCAAAUUAGUAGAGAUCAUCGAGGGAAUUUUGAAUUUCCAGGACGAGUACUCACUGUUGUCACAGAAGCAGAUUACAGACAUCAAAUUUUACAAUAUGGAGAAAAUUCAAAAGUAGCAAUUGAGGAAAAAGAAUUUGAUGCCAAAGACAUCAAUUUAUAUGGAAUGUGUUAUUUAAUACCUCGUGACAUUGCUUUACAAACUUUUAAAUUACUGGACUAUCGAGAAAAAGGAGGCUAUUUCAGAACUCUGACGACAUGUUAUCUUGUCAAAGAUGACAACUCAAUAGAAGAAAAGAAGGCCAUCCUCUAUGUUGGUUCCACCAAUACUCAUGAAAAUACAGAAUUUAUUGGUCCAUCUGUGAAUGGCCUUGUCGACGAUGCUGCCAUCAUUUACAAAGCUAUUGGACCGAGUGGUAAAAACAGUGAAUACCUCUUUCAAUUGACCGAACGAUUAAGAUCUGAAUUUGGAGAGUGUGAAACCUAUCUCACGACGUUGGAAAAAACAGUAAAAUCAUUCAUUCAACAAGAACGGCAUUUACCAGAACAAUAA